AUGCGCAGUCUCGCCUCCCGAUCUGGCGGCGGCGGCAUGGAGGCGGCGCUGCAGCGGGAGCUGGGCACAGUGUGGCUGCGGCCCACGGGCCACUCGGGCGGCGGCUGCAUCAGCCAGGGGCAGAGCUACGACACCGACCGCGGCCGCGUCUUCGUGAAGAGCAACUCGAAGGCGGAGGCUAGAAGAAUGUUUGAGGGAGAAAUGGCAAGUUUAGAAGCUCUCCUGAAAACCCAGACAAUAAAGGUCCCCAAACCCAUCAAAGUUAUAGACUUGCCAGGGGGCACCACACUGUUUGUGAUGGAGCACUUGGAAAUGAAGGGUUUAAACAGACAUUCAGGAAAGCUUGGACAACAGUUGGCUGACCUACAUCUUCACAACCAGAAAAUUGGAGAGAGGCUGAAGAAAGAGGGGAACACAGUUGGUACAGUAAACAGCUGUAAGAGUCAAGGGCAAACAGAUGUCCAAUUUGUGGAUCAGUUUGGCUUUAAUACGGUCACCUGUUGUGGUUAUCUCCCCCAGGUGAAUGACUGGCAGAAUGAUUGGGUGACUUUUUUUGCCACUCAGCGAAUCCAGCCCCAAAUGGAUAUGAUUGAAAAGAAUUCAGGAGACAGGGAAGCAAGGGAACUUUGGGCACAACUUCAGCUGAAGAUACCCGGUUUGUUCUGUGACAUGGAGAUCAUUCCUGCUCUCCUCCAUGGUGAUCUAUGGGGAGGAAACGUAGCUGAGGAUGACUUUGGCCCAAUUAUCUUUGACCCUGCUUCCUUCUAUGGUCAUUCAGAGUAUGAACUCGCAAUAGCUGGGAUGUUUGGUGGUUUCAACAGCUCUUUUUACUCUUCCUACCAUAGUAAAAUUCCCAAAGCUCCGGGCUUUGAGAAACGACUUAAGUUGUAUCAGCUUUUCCACUACAUGAACCACUGGAACCAUUUUGGCACAGGGUACAGAGGGUCCUCUCUCAGUAUCAUGAGAAACCUGGUGAAAUGACUUCCCUCUCAAGCAUAGCGUCUCACUCCCUGCCUGGAAAGCUCUGCGUUUCUUGGUAAUGCAACUGAAGUCAUAAGAGCAUUAAAUAGAUCCUUGACCCUUGCCCUCUUUGCACAACUAAAGAUCUAGAAUUGGUGGGUUACAGUGGAUCCCAAGAGUGACAUUUCAGUCUUGUCGUCUUAAGAUACCUGUUGCAGGAAUAGUUCUAGCGAGCUUUCCAAGAAAGUAGUUAAUUCCAGAGUUACAUGAAAAAGCUGACACAG